GGAAGUUUUGCACAAGCCUAGGCACGCACCACGCAUCCAAAGGACAGAUGGAGCAGACAAACCAAAAAGAGCACGUCUGACGCGUCUGACAGCAUCACGCCUUCCUUUCCUCGUUCUCUCACUUCGACCUCAUCACAACACCACCCAGAAAUAUUUAUCCACCUCUGUGUCGGUAUCUCUCAUAUCUAUGAGACACCUGCAUCAGCUGAGCGGAUCCCAAUGAGGUGCACCAAUGCCUGAAAAUCAGUGUGUUGGCGCCGCUGUCAGCAUGCGCACCUGGUCGAUGGUCCUUCCGCAGGAGGUUGAGGGAGGGGUGUUUUUGGCUUGUGUGCUUCACACUCGUCGUGAAGGCUAUCGGAAAUGACGGCGACAGACACCCCCAUUUUCCACAUUAUCUACCUUCUUUCGCAACCAGAGCGUGGUGCAGAGAGCGCACGGUUUGCCUGAGACUAGGCCUGAAUACUCAAGAGGGUUGGGUUGCCUGAAUAGCCCGCCACGAUAUGGCCAAUCCCUCGACGAGGUCAUGGUGGCAAUCGCUGACUGUGUCUAGGCGCGGCUCCGGCACAACGGCAUAGACCAGGAAACGGCGCCUGGUAUUGUCUAUCAUGGAAGCUUUGCUCGUAUCCUAGCGUCCAGAACGGCGCAAUAACGCUCCAAUAGGGUGGCAUCUUGGGCGCGUGUCCUGACAGUGUGGUCAACAGGGCUUGCGUCAACGUGCCUUGCAGCACACCGUCUGUUCCAUUCCAACACACCCUCACCCGAAAGGUACCUAAGAUUCUCGGUAAAUUUAACGAGGGAUGGAAUGGCAAAGGAAUAAUGCUAAACGACGCAUGGGCAUAAAGAGGGUUCUCGGCGCCUAGACGUUUUCUUAUGGCUGCCUCAAUGGGCAGACCAGAAGACAGACGAACCGCAUUGAACUCUUCCUUCUUCUGACUACCUUCUGAGUUCAAGCGGAAACCAUGGCCAUCACAGUCGCCGUUGUCGGCAUGGGUCCUCUGGGGCUCAUGGCGCUGAAGAACCUCAAAGAGGAUGGGUUUGAAGUGUCCGGGUUCGAGAAGCGAAGCUGGGUGGGCGGGUUGUGGAAGCAGUCGUACGACUCUAUGCUCUCGGUCACGGAGGGGACAGUCUUCAACAGCAGUCGGUUCCGCGCCGCCUUCUCAGACUACCCCUUCUCAGACGCUGUGGACGACUUCCCCACGGCGAAACAAAUCUGGCAGUACAUGGAGAGCUACUGUGACCAUUUUGGGCUGCGGCCACAUAUUCGCCUCCAAGCCGAAGUCAAGACAUUCUCGAGAAUCCAGGGGAAAUGGGCCGUCGAAUACGUCCAGGAUGGAACCAGCCACACCGACUUCUUCGACAAGUUGAUCGUGUCUCCCGGCUCCUUCGUCCUUCCGCGGUCCCCAAAGUUGAAGGACAUUGCAAAGUUCAAAGGAGACGUCCUCCACGCUAUACAGUUCCCUCACCCAUCUCGCUUCCAGGGGCAGAACGUCCUCCUGGUCGGAUUUCACGCGACCGCACAGGAUCUCGUCGUUGAGUUGGCCCAACACGCCAAAAAGGUCUAUCUGGCCCACAAGAACGGCUUGCUCCUGAUUUCUCGCUAUACGGCAGAUGGCAAGACCUUUGACCAAGCUCUAACUGUGUCACUCAUGUUCGUCCAAGUCUUCAUGGAGACGUGGUUCCCUAGGCUGUGGACAUGGGCCCUCACCAAGUGGCUCACGGUGAUGUCGAAAAACGCAUUUCCGUACCAGCCCAAGGAAUGGAACCUCACGCCGGCGCCGUCAUUAGCCACGACAACCCCUUUGGUCGCCGAUGCGGUCUACCCUUACCUCGAGAGCGGCUUCGCGGAGCCCGUGUCGGCAGUGCAAGAAAUCAUCGGACCAAAAGCCAUACGACUAACCGGCGGGCGCGUGCUCGACGACGUCGACUCCAUCAUCUACGCCACGGGCUACGAGGCCGCCGUCCCUUGUGCGCCCAAAGAAUACAACCCGUACCCGGUUGCCGACGAGCCGCCUGUCUUGUAUCGCAACAUCUUCCCCCUCCACCCGGACGCUGACGUGCGCAACUCGCUGGCAUUCCUGGGGCAGGGCGCCAUUGUCCCAGUCCCAGGCUUCGUGCAGUUCGAACUGGUCACCAUGGCCGUGUCCCAAAUCUGGCUGGGCCGCUCGCACCUCCCGUCUCUGGACGACAUGCUCAAGUGGCACCGCGACCACCUCGCCUGGCGCCGCAGCCUGGUGCGCCGGUCCAAGUUCAUGACGAACUUCUACGCGGUCUUCAUGCGCACGCCGGAACAGCUGCGCUGGCUGGACCGCACGGCCGGCACGGGUGUGUUCGCGCACUUUGGCGCCUCGCCCUCCACGCUCUUCAGCUGGCGCGCCUGGCGCUUCUGGUGGAGCGACCCGGCCUUCUACCGUCUGUGCAAGACUGGCCUGUUCUCCCCUGCCAUCUGGCGCCUGUUCGACAUGGGCAGGCGUAAGCCCUGGGCCGGUGCGAAGAGGCAGGUCAUCGAGGACAAUAAGAUCGCAAAAGCGAGGCGUGAGGAGAGGUUAAGGGCGAUGGAGAAGUUGAAGGGCGCUGGAAAGCCGGUUUGAGUCCUUUCUUCGAAUAGCAGUAGGACCAGUUAAACGGAAUUUGCUGGCGCUUUGCCUCGUAUGUGGCGCGUGGUAAUGAUCUUUUUCAGACUCGC